UUUUUUUUCUUUUCCAAAAGCUGAAUGUUUGAGAGUGAAGUGAAUGCAGGAGUACUGUGUAUUUUGAUCAUCUUUUCAUUAUUCUCUCUCUUUUAUUCUUCUUUCUGGAUGUUUGAUUUGAUAAUGAAUUGUACACAGAAACUGUGUAGUAUGAUAAAUUUCUUCUUCUAUUUUUUUUCAUUGAUGUGAAGUGCAUGCAAGAGCACUCUGACCAUUUCUCUUUUUUUCCCAAACCUUUUUUUUAAAUGAAUGUAUUGCAUGCAGGAGCCCUUUUAUUUUUCUUUUUUUUCUGGAAGCUGGGUGCUUGAGUGUGAAUUGCUGCCAGUCACCCUGCGUAUUCUCAUCACCAACUGCUUCUUCUGUGUGUUUGAGUAGCACAGUGUACACAUGAACAGUGUAGGAUUUUAUAUCUCCAAAUACCAUGCUUGGUGAUUUCGCUAAAUUGGUUUACAGUAGAUAAGAGAAUAUUUCAUAUCUUGCUGGACUCUUUUACAACGAAUUAUAUUCUUCAUUGCUUGCACAAGUGCAUUUUUGGAAACUGGAGUAUUUUUAGCAAAGCCACCCACCUCAAGGAAGUGGAAUACACAUGUGGAAUAACAGUGGCUGAGCUCUAAUUUCAUUUAUUUCUCAGCCGUCAUGUCUGUGCAUAUAGAUUUGCCCCUUCUUUCUCCAAGACAUUCUUUUAAAAUUUAGUUGUUGUUUUUUUUUUGUGAAAUUUCCAUUAGUGGAAUUCUUUUGUUUGCUGUGGGUCAGUGCUGUGCUUUUGUAUGAGUGCCAUGUUGAGGCUCCUUCACACCACAUUCCUAAUCAUCCUCCGAGGGUUACCAUAAUUAAUAUUCAUUAUAGUAGCAGCAGCGUGCCCGUGCACCAGGAGUGUGUUUUCUUUAACUAAUGAAUUCUGGUUACUAUAACUCCAGUGUCUCAUUGAAACAGUUGACGGUUUCUAUGGUCCCACACUGCUCAUGACUUGGCUACUCUUUCCUCCUGACUGUUUUUUUUUUUUUUUUUGGCUUACUAGAAAAAGGCAGUACAACCCAAUUCCCCUCUAGCAACCUUAGAUCAUUUGUCAAAUGCCAUACGUUUGCUCACUUGUUUUUCGGCUUGUGAUUCACACAGCUCGUGCGUCAUACCCGUUUGAUUUGCGUUACUUCUUCUCCAUACGAUUGAAAAAACAUCGUAUUUAAGCAUCAUUUGCAUGAUGAUCUUUUAGGGAGAACUGAAAGUUUGAUUCCAGAGAACAUAAUGCAGAUUGCAGCUAAUCGAUCAGUAAAUCUUAACUCUCGGAGGAGACAGGGAGAAAAUUUGGUUCAGCAGAGAGAGCCAAAUCGACGGGAAGGAGGUUAGCGCUUGAGACAUUUUUUAUUAGUUACCGGAUUUGAGCAAAAUUUAUAGAGUUUACAAAGAAAACAGGCGAAGAAUGGAUGCUCUGAGUCGAAGCUGGGCUUUCAAGACAAUCCAGAGAUUAUGUCAGUAGACACUCUUCCCUGUAGAGUAGUAAUUCACUCCUCAACUCUUGCCUUAGGUGAACUGAGUUCUGUUAGAGCAAUGAAAAAAGUCAUUACAACCACUUUCAUAACUUUACAUCACUCUGGAUUUCAUUCUUUUGGCUCCAAACUGGUACCUCGCUGACGACACGUGAUCUUCCGCAAUCUUUGUUUUGCACUAGAUUGCUCCAUUCUUAAAUGAGAUGUAGUGUCAUUAUCAUCAUACCUUGUGAAAUCUUUCCAAAAUGGUUAGUAUAGAAACUAUUGAGUGUACACUGGAUACCAGAUGGCCAUUGAGUUUCUCAUUAAACUCUACCUGCUCAUAUAUUUUACUGCCAUACUGAACUCGGGGCUACUUUUUUCUACCCAGCCACUGGCAUUUUAUCGUCCCAGCAUCAUCAUCGUUUGUUUUUUGCGACUGCAAUCCAGAGGCUGUUUCCUCUGUUGACUUCUUGUUCUGCAAUAAAUCAAGAUAAAUCUUGGUGUACGUGUAGUUCUGGAGAGGGUAAAGCACAACAAAGAUAUGUUCCCAGGUGAUAAAGAACAUAAAUGUGAUAGCUAUCAAAGCAGAGUGCGUGCUAAUUGUUUCCCUCAUGUCCUGAGGCACAGGCCCAAGAACAGGAACAAAUGAAACAUGUUUCUACUCACACACCGUUUUGAUUUAUUAGCAGUAGGUGCAACUAUUGGAAGGUCCAGUUCUCCAUAUGGUUAGGGAGAUAGCAGAAAUGAUACAUCCUAUAGAUACGAUGAGCGACCAGGCUGUGUUCCAUUAAAAUUGCGCACGGUGAACUCCGUAAACUCUGGACUGAACUCUUUCUCUCUGAGCCGCCAGAUGUUUCCAAUCAGUGCAGCGUAACUGAAGCUGUGUCAGCCGGUGUCAUGUUCAAAGGCCCCUGCAGCACGCGUAGUGCCUUGUUUUUUUCCAGCCUUCCUCCAUAAACAGUUCAACAAACACACACUCCGGGUCGGCGGCUGUGGGAAAGAGCUGAUCACCAACCGGUGGAUAAACCAUGAAGAGAGGCGCUGUUAUUUAUUAUUUUUUCCGUGCGUGUUAGGGUGUGUUGUAACACAAGAGUGUGCACACAUCAGAGUGCUGAUGUGUUUUUCUUCUUCCUGCCAGCCUUAUCGGCUCCUGUGGAUCUCCAUCCAUUCAUCAGGCUUAUCUCAUCUGCAGGAAUGCAUCUUCCCAGUGACGACAUAUUACUCAGUGUAGAGUAUUAUCACUGUUAAAUACUACUUUCUGUUGUAGAAUGAGAAUGUUUUAAGUAAUGUAAGCUUAAAUCAGUGGGCUGUAAUUGUGAUGUACUCAGCAGCUGAGCUCUUAAAGGGAGUGAGUGCGGGUGUAUGUGGAUUCUCCUGUUGCUCAAUUAGUGUAGAUUAAGUAAGGAAUAAAUUGCUCAGGGGCAUAUUAUUACAGAAAAAUAAUCAACAUCAGGGUGGUGCGAGUUACUUUACCACCCCAAUGUGAUAUUUUUUUCUAAUAACAGCACAUCCUGAAGUGAUUUAUUACUCUUAUACCAAACAAUUUACCAAAUAUUACAAUUUUUCAUCUUUUAAUGAAUAACACAUCAUCACUAAUUUGAUUGGACAAGCGGUAUUCCAAGGGUGCUGAUAUUUAGUGUAACCGCACUGUUCGUAUCACUCCGCUUGUCUGUGUUUGUUACAUAAAAUUCCAAUUCUAGCAGCAGUUCGUUACACUGAAAUCAUUACUACACUUACUACGGGCUGUCAGUCAGUCUCAGUGUUACCAUGGCAACACACAGCACUCUAUCCAGCUGUGGCUCCUUUGGGACAUAUUUUCGUUGAUGGACCAAAAAUAAACAAAAUAUUUACCCAUGUUGUGUCUUAAAUGCCAGUUACUCGAUAUUAACUUCUUGUUUAUAGAAGUGUUGUAUAAAAGCAGUAUCACACUCGCAGUCAUGCUGUUGUACUGAAUAUAAGCAGCCGUGUGGAUGUUCAGUAUAACAGCACUCUUGCCUCUGCGAUAUUGCUUAACUAUAAAGUGCUGACACUGGAGGCUCCUUCCAGAAAUGUGAAAUAAACAUAAAUAAACUUCAACCUAACCAACAAAAUAUUGCUGCAUCCUUAGAAAAUACUAGUGUGAGGUUUAGCUUUGCAGCAAAAUAUGUGUGCAAAUGAUCUUAAGCUUUUCUCGUAGCUUGUAUCAGAAACUAUACUAGCGCUAUCUGCUACUGUUGACUGCAGGAGGUUCAAAUUACACAUCUUGUAUGACAAAUACACCAUGUUGAAUAGUAAAAUUAUUAUUAUUAUUAGUAGUAGUAGUACUAGUAUUGCUACUACAGUAUGGUGGGUGAUUAAAAAAAAGAAAAGGUCUGCAUUUGGCCCUAAAGGUUCUUAGCUUACUAAAGGGGUUCUGCUUGGAAACUUUGCUGAUUGUAAACAACAGACAACAACAAAACUUUUCCCAAAAAUGAUGAACUGAAAGGGUUUAGAUUUACCUUUUUUAAGGGGAAAAAAAGUGUACAGCUAUACUAAAAUAUAAAAUUAAUAUACUCAUGGAAUCCUCUAGUGGCAAUUUCUCGUGCUACUACAGAUUUCUUUUAUGAAUAAUGAAUUAGGGUGAUGUGAUUUUAUGGAUUGUCACUUCAAAAGUGAUAAUAUGGAUAACAAUAUUAAAUUCUGUUAUCUGCCAUAUAUGGUUAAAAGUGAUAGAGGUAAAUAUAAUGUAAAUAUAACAGUAUUAUCCAUAAAAAUGCAAACCUUUUUACAGUGUUGGAAUGUUGUAGGUGGUGUGAGUGGUAGGACUCUACAGCGAACAUGAAGAAACCUAUUCAUGGCCUAGAUAGAACAUACUUUGGCAAAUAUAUUGCCUUUUCCUCAUUUACCCUUUUGAAUAAAUGAACCUUGAAGAAAUGUAAACUUAUAAGGAGAUUUUGAUUGGCUCUGCACUCAUGCUUUUAAACAUAAUCUCUAGUGUUGAUAGUUGAGGUGUUUGUGAGGCGAUGCUGACCAUCCGCCGGUGGGAAGAUGACAUCCUGAACACAAGAGAGAGAACGCAGUUGCUCAGACCAGCUGUGGUUGUUUUCACUUCGGCAGAAUGGUUUGGUAAGAAGCAGUUAAAAUGAAGAAAGUGCUAACAGGAGUGGGAAGCACAAUAAUGGACCAAAUCUAUCAACACAGGACAUGGGAUAGCAGGCUGCUCGUGUUCCUCUGUGUGGCUCUUGAACUCUUCACAGCUCACUCCUCCAUGGUGCCUGGUACACUGGAGCUCCAGCUAGACGAAGAGCAACCAGCAGGUACUGUUGUUGGAGACAUUAGUGCUGGCCUGCCCCCAGGUGUUACAGCAUCUCUUUACUUCAUCUCAGAUCAUGAGGGAACAGGUGUUGGAACGGACCUGGACAUUGACGAGAACACAGGCAUCAUAAGGACAGCAAAGGUCUUGGACCGGGAGGUACGAGAUCGCUACAAUUUCAUAGCAGUUACCAUGACAGCAGUGACAGUGGAGGUGACCAUUUUAGUCAAUGACAUCAACGACCAUGCUCCAGUGUUCCCCAGAAAAAGGGCCUCCUUCAAAAUCCCAGAACAGACCACCAUAGGUACUAAAUUCCCCCUUGAACCUGCCUUGGAUGCAGACAAGGACCAGCUAACAACUCAAGGUUACAUUAUAACAGAUGGAAAUGUGGGGCAGGCUUUUCUUCUUGAAACCAGAAGAGGCUCCAAUCAAGUACUUUAUCUGGAUUUGGUAGUCAAUGCCAUCUUAGAUAGGGAGAAAAGGUCAUCCUAUACUCUCCUCUUGGAAGCGUUUGAUGGUGGAUCUCCUAAGAAGACUGGCCAGAUGAUCCUGGACGUGACUGUGCAGGACAUCAAUGACAAUGCCCCAGUGUUUAACCAAAGCAGGUAUCAUGCCAUGAUCUCUGAAAACCUGCAGCCAGGCAACAACAUAUUGCAAGUAUUUGCUUCAGAUGCUGACGAGGGUGACAAUGGCCUGGUGCUUUAUGAGAUUAACAGGAGACAGAGUGACCCUGAUCGCUACUUUGUCAUUAACUCCCAGACUGGAGUAAUAACUCUGAAUAAGCCCUUGGACUAUGAGAUGAGGAAGGUUCAUGAGCUGGUUGUUCAGGCAAGGGACAAUGCUACACAACCUGAAGUCACCAAUGCCUUUGUAACCAUACAUGUGCGGGACUAUAAUGACAACCAGCCCACCAUGACCAUCAUCUUCCUUAGCGAAGAUGGCUCACCGCGCAUAUCUGAAGGUGCACAGCCUGGCCAGUAUGUAGCACGGAUCUCUGUCACAGACCCUGAUUAUGGGGAGUACUCCAAUGUCAAUGUGUCUUUGGAGGGUGGAGAUGGAAAAUUUGCUCUGACCACUAAAGAUAAUAUCAUCUACCUCAUAUGUGUAGAUGAGAUCCUGGAUCGUGAAGAACGGGACCGCUAUGAACUGAGGGUCAUGGCCACAGACUCUGGAACCCCUCCCUUACGGGCUGAGUCUUCAUUUACCAUCCAGGUUACUGAUGUCAAUGACAACCCACCUAUAUUUGACCAACAAGAAUACACCCAGGUAAUUCCAGAAGUAAUCUUUCCAGGAAGCUUUGUGCUACAGGUCACAGCACGAGACAAAGACCAGGGCCCUAAUGGAGAUGUCCAAUAUAGUAUCCUGCAGAACCUUGAGACUCAUUCUGACUGGUUCAGCAUUGAUGCUGUCACUGGCAUCAUCACCACGCUCACUCAGCUGGAUUAUGAGACGGACCCUACUCCUAGUUUGAUCAUUGUGGCAAUGGACAGGGGUAGACCUCCUCUGACCUCCACUGCUGUAGUCAAAGUUAUCCUUCAGGAUAUUAAUGACAAUGAGCCUGUUUUUGGAAGCAAGUUCUACAAUGCAUCCCUUAAGGAGAACACUGCAGCAGGGACAUGCUUCUUGGAGGUGAAAGCAAGGGAUGCUGAUGGUGGCUCGUUUGGCUCUGUGUCCUAUUCUCUGGGCUCUGGACCUGGCAGCUUAGCCCCUCCUCACUUCACAAUCAACAAAGAAAGUGGACAAAUCUGCACCAGUGCAAGUCUGGACCGUGACCAGGGCCCUGCCAGCUACGACUUUGUCGUCACAGCCGUGGAUGGGGGUGGCCUGAGCUCUGUUGCCUAUGUGCAUGUCGACCUGGUGGACGUUAACGACAACUGGCCAACCUUCUACCCUGUGCACUAUGCUGUGAGUCUAAGUACUCAGAGCAGUCCUGGCACCUCUGUUGUCCGGGUGACGGCCCAUGACCCCGAUGCAGGAGAGAAUGGCAGGGUUAUAUACCGUACAGCACCUGGGGGAAGUUCACCCUUCUUCACUCUGAAUAAAGACACUGGAGUGAUAUCACUAUCACGCUCUCUGCAUGGGAAGGCAAACACAGUCAUCGCGAUGGUGGUCUCAGCCCAGGAUGGGGGUGGCCUCACAGCUCCAGUAAAUGCCAAGGUCAACAUCAGCAUUGUGGCUGGUCUGGUGGCACCUCCUGUGUUUGAACAGGUUCAGUACUACUUCACUGUAUCUGAAGAUGCCUUGCGUGGGACCCAAGUGGGCACUGUGCGUGCCAGCACCAAGAGCGGGGUCUCAAAGGAUGUUUCCUACACCAUCUGCUCUGGUGACCCUACUGGUUAUUUCACAGUGGAUCCUGAGACAGGUGUUUUGAGAACGAGUCUACCUCUGGACCAUGAGCUCCAGCCCGUUGUGGAGCUGGAGGUUCAGGCACAAAGUGGGAACCCGCCAGCUUUUGGUCAAACCCGUGUCCAUAUCACGGUGGUAGAUGUCAACGACAAUGCUCCCACCUUCAUUCCAUCAUCUUCAGAAUCUCUAAUUCUUCUUGAUGAUACAAGAAUGGGCACUGUGGUAUAUAAGAUUCAGGCUGAGGACCUUGACUCUGGUGCUAACGGCGCGUUGACCUUCGACCUGCUCUCCAGUGGUGCUCAGAGAACCUUCAAUGUGGACCGUAGCAGUGGAGAAAUUCGUCUGAUUGGAAGUUUGUCCUAUGAGACAGUGCCACGCUAUGAUUUGCAGGUUCUUGCCAAGGACAUGGGAGCACCCCAGCUCAGUGCCACCUUCACCCUGGUGGUGCAUGUGCAGGCUGAGAAUAGCCAAGGGCCGGUGUUUGACACCCUCAGCUACCGCGUGGAGCUGAAGGAGGGCACGCCUCUCAACACCCGUUUUCUGCAGGUGCGUGCACUCAAUAGAGAUGGUGGGAUCACUUCCGGAUCCGGCACUGCAGUCCCCCUUGCUUACCACCUGCAAACAGAUGGAGACGCAGCAGGCUUUGGCAUUAUCUCGGACAGUGGCUGGCUGUUUGUAAAGAGCGCCCUGGACCGUGAGGUUAAAGAGGUGUACCUUCUCACAGUCCUGGCCACAUCCGGACAUGGGCAGCUGAAAAAGACAGGUAGUGCCACUGUACGUGUUUCAGUGACAGAUGAAAAUGACAACUCACCUCGCUUUACCCAGGAGAGAGCUUUCCUGGCUGUAAGAGAGAAUCUGCCAGCUGGAUCGGGCUUUGGCCGGGUGCCUGCUACAGAUCGAGACACUGGGCUCAACAGCCGCCUCAUCUACCGACUCCUGCACCCGGAUCGCCAUUUUCAGAUCAACUCACACACAGGUGAGAUCAGCACUAGGUUAGCACUGGAUCGAGAGCACCAGUCCAGCUACCAGUUGAUGGUGGUGGUACAGGACAGUGGAACUCCCCCUCGCAGUGCCACUGGGACAGCCUUCAUCACGGUGCUGGAUGAAAAUGACAAUGCUCCCUUCUUCACCCGCAGAGAUCUUCUUAUGCAGGUAUUGGAAGGACAGCCAUCAGGGGUUUUACUUGGCACCGUCACUGCCAAAGACCCAGACGAGGGAGAAAAUGGGACCAUUUUCUACUCACUGUCAGGUCUCAGGGCCGAACGCUUCUCUCUGCACCCCAUCACCGGGGAGCUGCACUCGUCCUCCCCGCUUAGCCAUGCUGAGAGGCCUGAAUAUACCUUCACCAUCAUGGCCACAGACCGUGGCUCACCUCCCCGCAGCUCCACAGCUACUCUGAGAAUACAGGUUCUCAGCUCUAAUAAGGGGACCUCCACCUCCAACCAGAUCUCCAUCUCGUUUAACCCAGUGGAAGGAGCGAAGCCAGGCUCAAUCAUAGGUUCUGUGCGAACUCCAGACACUCACUCGCUUCCUGAAUCGGGUCAGGUCACCUACACGGUAGUGGGUGGUACAGAUCGGGAUGGAACCUUUGUAGUAGACCGCCAAACCGGGGACGUGUAUCUGGCCUGUGAGCUGGACUUUGAGCAUGCACCACGCUACACGCUUCAAAUUGAAGUGGAUGAUUUCUCCACGACGCUUCCCAGGAGCCAUUUUGUCACUCUGGAGAUUGAUGUGCAGGACAGUAAUGAUCAUUCACCCCAGUUCCCUGAAGAUCCUGUCACCAUUGUGGUGCCUGAGAACAUGGAACCUGGAUCUUCUAUCUACACUUUUCAGGCUGCUGACAAGGACGGGAGCGGCCCAAACAGCGAACUGAGCUAUUCUGUUAUUCAGCAAUGGCCCAGCAGCUCAGACCUUCUGCUGCUGGACCCCAGCACAGGCAUCCUGACCCUGGGUCAGACUCUGGAUCAUGAGAACAUCUCUUCUCUUCUUUUGGUAGUCCAAGCCACUGAUUCAGCCCUUGAUGUGAGUCAGCGACGCCAUGGUAAGGUCACAGCCCGGAUCUUUAUUACGGACGUCAAUGACAACACCCCUGUGUUUACCUCACCAACUGUGGUCAGUGUCAUGGAGGACCAGCCGGUGGGAUUUGUCCUGCUGUACAUCAUGGCCCAGGACCCGGAUCAGGGCGAGAAUGGUCGCGUGUCCUACCGCAUACAGGAUGGCAAUGCUGAGGGCAAGUUCAGCAUCAACCCCAAUACUGGGUCUCUCUCUAUCCUGAAGCCUAUUAACCGUGAGGAGCAGGCCCAGUUUAAUCUGACUGUAGUAGCCGAGGAUCACGGCGUCCCCCGGCUGUCCAGUACUCAGCAGCUGACGGUGCAGGUGAUUGAUGUGAAUGACGAAGUGCCCGUUUUUGAAGAGAGCAUAUAUGAGGCUUUCAUCACUGAAAACCAGCCAGCAGGCGCCACUGUGUUGGUUGUCUCAGCUUCAGAUUUGGACCAAGGGAGCAAUGGCAUUGUGACAUAUGGAGGGCUGAGAGAUGAUGUUUUCACCAUCCAUCCAGUGACAGGUGUUAUAUCAACCACCAGAUCCCUGGACAGGGAAACCAAAGAGGACUACACUGUGACAGUUUAUGCCAAAGACGGCGGUUUUCCGUCUAACUUUGCCAAGGCCACAGUGCGUAUCACAGUGCUGGAUGAGAAUGACAACAGGCCCGCUUUUGGCAGAGUGUAUUACAGUCUUGAAGUACCAGAAAACCAGGAGCCGGUGACUCUGUUCACUCUGAGAGCAACUGACCUGGACUCAGGAGACAGUGGGCUCGUGCAGUACAAAAUCACAGAUGGGGACCCUUCAGGUGACUUUCACUUGGACAAGAAAUCUGGUGUACUGUCCACCUCCAGGGCUUUGGACAGAGAGAAGAAAGCCCGCUACACCCUCACUGUGGAAGCUCGAGACCUGGGCACUCCUUCCCUGAGCAGCACUGCCACUCUGGACAUCAGCAUCUUGGACCUCAAUGACAACAGUCCUGUUUUCGCCAGUAGCAGCUACUUGGUGGAGAUUGAUGAGGAUGUCCCAGAAGGCACGUUCGUGCUUGAGGUGACUGCCAUUGACAAGGACGAAGGCUCCAAUGGCCAAGUGGUCUACUUCCUGAGCCAAGAGUCCAAGGGUAUGUUCAUCGUGGACCAGCACAAUGGUCGCAUUGUCACAGCUGCAACACUUGACAGGGAGAAGGUUGCAUUCUACAGCUUCCAGGUGUUUGCUGUGGAUUCCUCUGCUGGCAAUCCUCACAAUUCCUCAGCUCAAGUGACUAUUCACAUCCUCGACGUGAAUGACAAUGCACCCUUCUUCAUCACAGAUCCCCUCAUCAUUAAUGUGUCCAGCAGCAGCUUCGGCAGUCAUCGUGUGCUGGCCACCAUGAGAGCGGAGGACAAGGAUUUCGGGGCUAAUGGUUCUGUCUUCUAUCGUUUUGCCAACCCUGUAAAAGGCUUCACCAUAAACUCAUUGACAGGGGACAUUCAAGCCACUGAGAGACUUCAUGGCCUCACUCAAAGCCAGAGGACACUCAUAGUCCAGGCCAUGGACCAAGGCAGCCCUCCACAGUCCUCACUGGGAGUGGUCGUGGUCUAUAUCCGCGAACAGAGUUACAAUGGAAUCCGCUUCAGCCGCACCUCCAGGGAUGUCAGCCUACAAGAAAAUGCAGCCAAAGGUACUGCUGUGGUACAGAUUCAGGCCCAGUAUCCCGACGGCUCCCGGAGUGGCAUUACCUAUAGCAUUUUCAGUGGUAACAAGUUACAGUCUUUCAGCAUCAGCUCCACUACAGGUGAGAUAUGGGUGGAGAGCUCCAGAGGGCUGGAUUUUGAGGAGACCCCUCGACUUCGGUUAGUGAUCAAAGCUGAAACUGCAUCCUCCAGCUCCUUCAUGGCAGUUAACCUCAUCCUGCAGGAUGUCAAUGACAACCUGCCACGCUUCCAGCUCCACAAUUAUGUUGCUUAUGUUAGGGAGGCCCAGGGAUAUGAUUUCCCCAUCAUUCAGGUUCUGGCAGACGACCUUGACCAAGGUCAGAACGGACAGGUGACCUACUCCAUCAGGUCAUCGUCCAUGAGCGGCCUGUUCAAGAUCGACCCUCUCACAGGAAGCAUCUCAACAGCCGCCAUCAUGGACAGAGAAAUUUGGACACAGACUAAGCUGGUCAUCACAGCCACUGAUAGGGGCAGCCCUCGAUUAGCAGGCUCUGCCACUCUCACUGUUAUCAUAGUGGAUCAGAACGACAACCGACCCACUAUCCCGGUUCCUCGCGAAGUGCGAGUUCCUGAGAACACGCUGAUUGGGACAGUGAUCACCCAAGUGACGGGGAAUGAUGUGGACUCUGGUCCUGCCCUCUCUUAUACACUGCACCUGGACACGGACUCCCAGGGGAAGUUUGGGAUACAUCGCUAUGGAGGAGGGGUCUCCCUAACCGGCCAGCUGGACUACGAAGAGAGGACGUGGUAUACAGUGACCGUCCGAACAUCUGACUCCAUGCACCAGAGUGAGGCCAAUUUGACAAUACUGGUGGAGGAUGUGAAUGAUAAUGCCCCAGUCUUCACGCAGGACCUUUAUCAGGUGACACUUGCUGAGCAUUCUCCAGCUGGUAGUUCUGUUAUUACUGUGACUGCUACUGACCAAGAUUCUGGAGAAAAUGGCAAGGUCACAUAUAGAGUUGUGUCAACGAGAGACCUAUUCUACAUUGACCCAAGUAAUGGCACACUCUUCAUCAAACAGAGCACUGGGUUUGAUUCUGAGCGCCCAUCCUUCCUGGUGGUAAUUGAGGCUUGUGAUGGUGGUAAUCCAUCACUGACUGGUUUUACUACAGUGCAAGUCCAUAUGUCAGAUGUCAAUGAUAAUGCCCCUGUGUUCCACCAAACUGAGUACAGAGCUGCUGUAUCAGAGGACGAGCCCCCUGGAUCCACCAUCCUCACACUGGAGGCUGUGGAUGGAGACUUGUCUAGGGACAACUGUGGAUUUGACUUUGCCAUUGCCAGUGGAAACACUGGCAAUGCAUUUCAAGUUGAAAGUAGCAUACGCUUCCUCGAGGGCCAUGGAUUUCAGAUAGUUGGAACUCUAGUCUUAGCAGAGAGGCUUGAUUUUGAAGUUGUGAAUACCUAUAAUCUUACUAUUGUUGCUUCAGACCGUGGCAUUCCCCAACGAAGCUCAAGUGUCCCUGUUGUAAUCACAGUAAUGGAUACUAAUGACAACCCACCAGCCUUCAGCAGGGCAGAAUACAAUGUUGUCCUAAGUGAAGGUGCUGAGACUGGAAUAGACAUACUUCAGUUAUCUGCUUUUGACCCAGACUCCACACCUAAUGGAGAGGUGCACUACUCAAUCAUCUCUGGAGAUGAAAGUGAGCUCUUUUCAUUAGACCAGUGGACUGGUGCUCUCCGUUUACGGAGGUCUUUAGACAAUGAGCAAGAAUCAUCUCACAUACUUAUUGUGCAAGCCUCAGAUGGACAGGGCCACUUUGCUCUUGCCCCUGUUACUAUAGAGAUCAAGGACAUCAAUGACAAUCGACCUUUCUUUCCACUUAAAACACUGACAGCAAGUAUUCGAGAGAAUCAGGCUCAAAACACCCUCGUCACCAUACUGCAUGCUAUUGAUCAUGACGCAGGGGCAUUUGGCCAGCUUAAAUAUUACAUAAUGGAUAAAUCAGGAAAUGGAAGAGAGUCAUUUACGGUUAACCAGACCUCUGGUGAGAUUCGGACCCGCUUCAGUUUCGAUUUUGAAAAGGUGAACACAUUUCACUUUGUUGCUGUGGCAGUGGAUGCAGGAAACUACUCUGCAACUGCUACAGUUCAGGUGUAUGUGACUGGAGAAGAUGAGUAUGACCCUGUUUUUACCAGUUCAAACAUUGCCUUCCAUGUGCCUGAAGGAGCAAAGAAGGGGCAGAGCAUUGGCCAAGUGGUUGCCAAAGAUGAGGAUGGGGGUGUAGACGGCAUUGUACUGUACAGUCUAGCUGAGACUUCUCCCUACUUUGAGAUCAACAUCUCUACAGGAGUGAUUUCCCUCAAGAUGGAUGCUUAUGGCCGGCAUGUCGGCCGAUCUAAAAGGGAGACCCGGCAAGUGACUCUAGAGGUGAUUGCGCAUAGCCCAUUGGAGAGUUCCCGUGUAGCCACUGCACAGAUUGCCAUUGAUGUCACUCACACAUCCUUUGGUUUAACUACAGACAUGAACAUUCUGCUAGCUAGUGUUAUUGCUGCGUCCUUGACAGCUAUAGUGGUCUUGAUAAUAAUUGCUGUGGUGCUCUACCUUCUGCGAUCUCGAAGGAAGAAGUACCAAGAGACUCGAGCUAGAAUGUUGACCCCUGGUACAGUACUAGAUACUCUUGAUGAACCCAAAGUUCAUGGAAGUGAAAAACUUUAUCACCAAGCUCUACCUGGAUAUGCUGAAGACCAGAGUGCAGGUGGAGGAGGACCAUACACUCGAGGAGGGUCACUGGAUCCUUCUCACUCUAGUGGUAGAGGCUCGGCUGAGGCAGAAGCAGCAGAGGAUGACGAGAUCCGAAUGAUCAAUGAGUAUCCACGAGUUUCUAGUAUUUCAUCUUCCAUGCAGGAGCAUAUAGCUGCCCGUGGACCUGACUCUGGGAUCCAGCAAGAUGCUGAUCAGCUCUCAGACAUCUCCGGUGAGCCUGGAAUGGACAUAAACCAGUGGCUUAAAGGGAAAAAGAUGGGAAGCCUAAGUGGAAGUCUCUUGUCAGGACAGACAGCAGUGUAUCGGGAUGACGGUGGGGGAUACCUUGGGGUAGGAAGAGGGCUUAGCAUCUCUCAGUCUAAAGACUAUACGUUCCCAGAGGAUGGGAAGCCCAUAGUGGAUGGUUCUCUCACAGCAAUAGUGGCUAGUGAUGAAGAACUGAGGGGCAGCUACAACUGGGAUUACCUCCUUAACUGGUGCCCUCAGUUCCAGCCGCUGGCUAAUGUAUUUACAGAAAUCGCUCGGUUAAAGGAUGAGAAUGCCCCAGUUAACCCACGCCGACCCUUUCAGCCCAAAGCAAAACCAGACCCCAAGCCUCGAAUUGACCCCCCUCCUCUUAUCACAUCAGUAGCUCAUCCUGGGGCUAAAACUGUCCUUCCAAAACCUGCUGUUGGACGAACACUUCCCCAAGUGUCCACCUUAAAAAGAUCACCGAUCAGUCAUGAUGGCUCGGUCUCUUCAGUAGCCAUGUCACCCAGUUUCUCACCCUCCUUAUCCCCACUUGCAGCCCGUUCUCCAGCCAUCUCACCAUUUGGUGUUACCCAUGGCCCAUCUGCCUCCAUUAUUAGUACAAAUGAACACUCUGUAGAGCACAGCGAGGAGACUGAGCUUAGGAUUUAACCUUCAAGUUUUCUACUGUUCAUAAAGCAUCCUACUUGACUCAGGACCCUGUACAUGACAGAUGUCCAACAUGGUGAUAAUGUCAUGUGAAAUGUCAUGUUGCCUCACUGGCUGGCCAGAGAGUUGAGGGUGCAGUGUGUAAUUAUCAUGAUGGACACAGACAGUGGCUUAUUAAAAGGCUCCCUCCAGAAAACAUAGCUAGAUAGCAAAGGACAUGUGCUAUCCUGCAUUUGCACAUUUUACACGGGAGCUAAUUUUGAUGUUAAUGUUUUAUUAAGUAAGACAUUUUUGUAUGAUAUAUUUUUGUACUGAUAUUUGUGUUUUUUGGACUAGAAAAUGGCAUUAAUUAAUACCAUUUUCUGAUUAAACUGUUAUACAUUUGAAUUUGUAUAUAUGUGACUGUACUAAUAAGUAACAAAAUUUUGAUCUAGUUUACAGCUGGCAUUUGCAAGUGUUCUAACAGUGUUAAAAUAAUGGUCUUACUUUUUUCUUUGAUAUUAUGAAGAACUUUUUUCAGUCUUUUUUUCAGUAUUUAUAAAGGGCCAAAUUUUUUUACAGGUUGACCAGACAUAAGACUAUGAAGCAUUUAGUUACUUAUGCUGCUCUCCUCCUACACUAUGGGCACACAUAACUAACCUGGCUAGGAAAUGACAAAUAAGAAAUAAGGAGCAACUUUAUUUUGAAACAUAAGCACUCUCGCCAUAUUGUUUGAACAUUUAUUUUUUUAGCAAGAACAGCAGUAUUCAGUACAAAUACUGAGUGAGAAGACUUGCUAAAUUUUUUAGUUCAUACAAAAGCAAUUAUUGUCCUGCUUUCCAUAAAAUGGGUGGGACAACAAAGGCCAGUGUAAAGUGAGUCAUCCAUUUCUGCAUUAAUUUGAUACAUUGUUUGUCCAAAUAAAGAUCCCAAUUCUAAAUAACAUUUUGCAGGAGGAACAAAAAGCCAUCUCACAUUCUAGUCAGUACACCAUUUUUUCUUAUGGCAGCUUGUGGCAGCACUUGACUUUGUUGUUUUUUUAAAUACACUUUUUACCUGUAAUAAUGUGCAUUACUGGAACUGGAAAUCUGCUUGGCAGUCUGGCAUGUUGCUUUUCAAUUAGUCGUUUGUUGCUGAAGGCAGUUCUGUUGGGUUGGCCAUAAGUUCUGAGGAAUGUUGUAAAAUUGUAAAAAAGUAAAAAUUUUCUGAAGAAACUAAUUGGAUGUGCAUCUGAACAACAUUAUGGAACAGCACUGAGGUACAGUAUUAAAAUCAGUUGUAAGUCAACUACAGAUCAAUUUUGCAUCAACUUUGCAAAAAUACACUACAGGCCAAAAUUAAGAAAAACUUCACAAAAAUCAAAUUUUAUUAUUGUCAUUUUAUAAUGGUGGUAGUUUGGUUUUAAGAUAGCUUUGACUACAUGGCUGCAGUUAUGACUAACUGAUUCUUAAUUUCAGUAUUGUGUAAAAAAGUCAUCAGAAAUAACCUUAUUAACUUGAAUAUUUUCCUGAUACAGCAUUAAAAGCCUUUAUAAGUUGAUAUUACUUUUGACUGUCAGGACUUCUCAUAGUAGCCCAAUUGGUGAGAAAGAAAGUGUUUCUUUGACUACAUGCCAGUACCUUUAAUUGUUGGCUGUUAAAAAAUUGAGUCUAUUUUCAUUAAAUAUUUUGAAACUUUGAAAAAGUCACAAUUUACUUACAGAGAUUUGGCCUAUAAUCUACAUAAAAUAGGCAUCACCCAUACCACUGGCUAAAGAGGUUAUAGAAUUCUUUCUUCUUGUCUGCUGUGUUACACAUAUGUUGGGGCAGUGGUUUGUGACCUUUUCCAUGCCUUUUUUGGUAGACUGAGUGAUUUUUUUUUUCAUACUGUUUACCAGAAUCAAAGCUUUAUCAGUGUUUACUUACGGUUGCAUUUGAAAGAAUAGAAAAUGCUGCUCAGUUGGAAAGGUGUCAUCAUACAAUUUAAAAAUUUUUGCCUAUUGUAAAAAAGAAUGUACUGUAUUUUGGAUUUCCAUUGCUAUUUGUGAAUGGCCUUCACAUGGUUGCAAUCAUUUCUGCCUUUUGCAAUCAAAAAUAUGUCCUUGAUGGAGUUAAAUGAUGCCUUGUUAAGAGUGCUAGUAAUGUGUUCAUAACACAUGGCUAUGCCUUUCUUUCACGUGCGUAUAAGCUGCAGCUAGAUUUCAGAUAACACUUUAUUUUAAUAAACACAUAGAAGGGGUUAAUUUAGGUUUAAUUAAACUCAAAUUAGACUCUUGUAAAAUUGUUAUUCAAUAUGUAUAGGUCUUUAUUCAUAAAUAUCUGUAUUACUACAUAUAAUUUAUAUAAAAAUGACUAAUAAUUGUAUUAUCUGUAGUGAUUAUGUGCAAUAAACACUUUAAAACUUUCUUAUACAAACUACUGAGCAUGAAUAAUAAUAAAUUAACGUGUUCUUAGUCCUGUUUUUCCAUGUUAGAAUUUUAAGUUCUAGAUAGAGCUAAGAAAAUCCACAUAAGUCUUUAAUACUUUAAUAUGUGCUCCAUAUACUAAAGUAAAAAUUUAAUGAAGACUAUUAGGGACUUGGGCACUAAAUCACUGGCUAGCAGACUAAUAGGAAAUUAGGGACUAAAAAGAUAUUAUUUCAUGUUCAGUAGUUUGUAUAGAUUUAAUAAAGUGUUUAUUGUGCAUUAUCACAGUAAUAAUGUAACUAUUAGUCACUUUUACAUAAAGCUCUAGAUAUGUAGGAAACAGUUCUUAAUAAAGACUACAACAUAGUGAAUAAACCUGUCUAAUUUGAGCUUAAUAAAAAAAAAUAAAAUAAAGUGCUACCACAUUUCAGUUUUAGCAACCAUAGUAUUUUUUAGGCCUGUAUUCUGUUGCUUUCUAUUUGUCUAAAUUUCUGUACUUUUUUCCUUUGUCCUUCUUCAAUGAAGUAGCGCUUGCCUCUAUUUUGACAGGUUUUAUAUGUAUAUAUUUAUUUUUUUUAAUUGCAUUAAAAAUAUGAUCAAGCUGUAACAUUUCCAGAAAAUUGCCAUUUCUUAAUCAUUACCCAAUCCCACUGUGCCUAAUAAUUUGCUAGCUGCUUGUUGUAGUAAACUUGAUUUCCCCGACUAAUAGAGUUAGUCAGUUUUGGUGAGCAGUGAGUCAUUAUUCCAGUCUAGUGAUUUUUUGUGUAUAUCGGUUUGUAGUAUAAUAACUUGCUCUGCCUCGCUGCCAGUGCUGCUUUUAUUUAGGUGUCUUAUAGAUAGCUAAUCAUGUACUGUUGCAUAAACAAGCAACAUCUGAAUCCAAUUAACUGUGAAAUUCAGGAUGUGCCAUAUCUAUGAUGUCUCUGAGGAAAAAAUAAAUGUACAGAUGUUUAGAUUCAUGGUUCAUUUGAAUUGUGUUCUCUGUAAAGUCACCAUAUAGCUGACUAUGUGGUACCCUAUGAAUAAUGUUGCUCUCUAAACCUCGCUUGUCACUUCUCCAACCUUUGUAAUUCAUAAUCCAAAGGUUAAACAGCUGUUUAUUUCUGCUUUUGUAAAUGUUAAUCAGGACUCGUUGACCAUUUCAUUACAGUCUCCUGGACAAGAGUACAUUUGUACUGUAUUUGUUAAAGUGCCUGAUUAAAAUGUAUUCAUAACCAGAA